AUUAAACAAGAUGCUUCUUGAAAUAUCGUUUUCACUGACGAGAAACUCGCGAGAAGAGUUUCACUUUUCCGCCUUCACAGAAAUGGCUCCUUAAUCUUCACAUUUUUGAAACUGGCCCUCAUUAAAAAUGGCAGCAGUAGCUGGAGUGAAGGCUUUCCUCAGCUUUCAUCGAUUAGCAGCCUUGCAGCGCAGCUUCGGGCACAUGCCGGCACAGUUGACGUCCACCUUCCCUCACAGGGGUCUCUGCAGCGCCCCGACAAAAACGAACGAGCCGGCACCCACGGAGAAUGAAUCUCUGCUGGAGAAUCUGAAUCUCAUGGGAGUUGAUGUGAAGAUGGCACGCCAGCGUCAGCCCGGGGUGCUUCGCAAAGCAUUCACCAAUGAGCAAGGGCUCGCAAAGUUUCUGCAGGGUAAAGGCGCCAGCAGCAGAGUAGUCGCCGGCAUCGUGUCACGUUACCCCCGCGCCAUCACCCGCUCCAUUGAACACCUGGAACACCGUUGGGAGCUGUGGAGAGAUAUCUUCAAGACCGAUGCGGAGAUAGUGAGCAUCGUGGAUCGCUCACCAGAGUCUUUCUUCCGUUCGAGUGAUAAUGACAACUUGAAGAAGAACAUAGCUUUUUUGACCUCGCUGGGACUGAACAAUAAAGACCUCCAUCGGCUGCUGACCAGGGCGCCACGGACAUUCUCCAACAGUUUAGAGCUCAACAGGCAGAUGGUGGAGUUUCUGGAAGACGUCUGUGCAGAACUCGGUGGGGAGAAUCCAGAGCAGUUUCCUAAAUCUGUCAUAUCCAAAAACCUUUACAUUCUCAUCCGAAGUACUAAGAGAGUCAAGACAAACAUCGAUAUCCUCCGAGCUUUUCUGAAGUUGAGUGAUUCAGAACUGCUCGGUCUUCUCCAAGGCCCCGUAGCACAAAUAAUUGACCUUUCCAAUGAAUAUCUAAAAAAUAAUUUCAAAACUCUCCAGCAGAGGCUGGUUUCACAUGGCUGUAGGAAAUCAGACUUAAAGAAACUAGUCCUCAGGUAUCCAAUGGUUCUGUACAUUGGGUCGGACACGCUAAGCUCCAAACUGGACUGUCUCUUAAGAGGAGGAAUAACCAUGAAGCAAAUACUGGAAAAACCCAAAGUUUUGGACUACAGCACACACAACAUUGCAGGGCGACUAGAGGAGCUGCAUAGAGUGAGAUAUGACUUCGAGAAGAACGGCAUCAGCAUCCUGGACUCUAGUCAAAAGCGGUUUGAUGCAAAGAUGGAAAAACUUCAUGUAGGACUAGAAGACUGAAUGAAACUGUGUAUUGUGAUGUUACAUAAUGCUGGAUAACGCUUUUACUUGAGCUUCGUUUCACGCUAGUUGUUUUUUUUCCUCAUGUGAUCACUAGAUUAGGAUUUCUGUCUCUUUAAUAGUGUUUCAAUAUAUUUGGUAGGGCUAGUACGAGAAACAUUUCAUUAUGGCUAAACUUGCCAAAGACUUAUCUUGAUUAAUAAGGAAUCAGUUAUCCGUUUUGUAUUGUUUUCUUAGCUUUGUUGUCAAACAUGUAUCUACACAUGCAUUCUUUUUUUUACUUGGGGAAAAGAUAUAUAGAUUUCAUGUUGGAAUUCAUGUGAGGAUGCAAUCAUACAAUAAAAUCGAGAUAUGGAGUUAUCUGACUGUUUCAAUUAUGACUAGUUUUAUUUUGUGCCUGCACAUAUUUAAAUACUUUAUGGAGAUAUUGCAUUCAUAAACUAAAACAUAUGGUCAUCGGCUACAUCUAAUCUGAUAUCAACAAUCCUGUAGUAACUAAGGAUUACGAGCUGUAUUAUUUAUUAUGUAUCAUGCGGAACUAAUGUUCCUCAUAAGUUGGCACACGGACUUCACCAAACUGUAACACAGCUGUCUUUUCGUUGUGUUGUUGGUGCAUGUAGAAGAGUGUGAGAAGUAUAAUAAAGUCUACCGUAAUAUUUUAAUACAAACAUUUUCCUUUUUACACCUUGGCGUCAAACGCAGUAAUUAGCGUGCAGAACGUCUUCGGUUGACCGUUAGCAUCGGCAGCCUUCCCGUUAGCGGUUAGCUAGCUAGCUGUGCGAGCCUCCCGCGGAGCAUGCUGCACUGACGGGUAACGUCUACCAACGACAACAGUCUAUCGGUGCGACUUUGACCAUAACAG